AUGUCGGGUGACAAUGUCGAUAAAGCCAACAUACCGAAAAUCUACGUUACCGAGCCGGAACCGUCUUCAAAUCCUGAGGAGAUGGACACUGCGGAGGAAGAAGGAAACCAAAGCAGCCCCGCGGAGGAACCUUCUGCUGGAUGUUCUUCUGAACCAACGAGUAUGCAGGUCGAAGAGAGUUCCAAAACUUCCGAACCAGUCACUAUGAUGGAUACUCAAAAUGAGAUUGUACCAUCUACUUCGAGAGGCAGUGAUCCCUCACCGAGAAGUGGGAUAGAGACACAACUUGCCAUGCCGCCGUUCAAAACCAACAGAAAGCGGGGUCAUAAGCGGAGGAAGCGUACCCGAUCGAGUUCGUCAAGCUCGUCCAGCUCCUCGAGCAGCUCCAGCGACUCAUCCAGUAGCAGUAACAGCGGCAGCCUGGAGCGAAGGAAGAGGAGAAGCAGAAGCAAGCGCAGGUCGUCGUCAAAGAAACGGCCUCGCCGUCGGUCACCAACCAUGCACCAGACUCUGACGCAUCCGGGGACGAAUGCGUGCGCAGGAGGGCCGGAUGUUGUCGCCCACGGCAAAUGGCAACACUGGGGACAUGCGCUGGUUGCGAGGAAAAUGUUUUUCAUUAAUCUCUUUGAGAACAUACAUGAGUAUUUGUUGAAGAAUGCUGAUAUGGCUGGACCGUCCUCGAGAUCAUCUGCUUCGUUGGCGCAAAUUGCUGUUGGUACAUUAGCGAUGCUGAAUGAUGGCCGAGAGAAAGUAAACAAUGCCGUGGGUGAACAACAACCUCCAGCGCCUUCAGCACCUCCAGCGCUUCAAGCGCCUGCAGCGCCUCAAGCGCCCCCAGCGUCUCAAGCGCCUCCAGCGCCUCAGCCGCCUGAAGCGCCUCCAAUGCCUCCUGCGCCUGAUUUUUGUGCCCAGUUUAACAACAUGCAAAUUGAUCCAGAGAACGAAUCAGAGGAAGAAAAAGAAAAUGAUGAUGGAAAUGAACAUUCAGAAGAAGUAUUCUCAGUUUCUGAUGAUGACAGCUCCGUAAUAUCAAUUGAUUACGACGAUAAUUGA